CCGAACUCGACCAGCGACCGAUCCGAGCGUCGUGAGGAAUGAACAGACCGCGGGGAGGCUGUGUUCUGUGUUGGUGAGCCAGAGGCUGCAUUCAUAGAGCGAUCGGAUCGGUGACAAUUUGGUUGCAGUGCGUAUUGCGGUGCUACGGGCCGUAAGCAGCAGCAGAAGCAGCAGCGGGGAGGGAUGGCGCUCUCAUGGAAUAUCGCGAGGGCUACGAGCACGAAGGCGUCGUCGGCGUCCAUGGAGGAGGCCAGGCAUAGGACUCUGGAAUUCUUUCGGGAGGCUUGUCGGGCUCUUCCGCAGCUGAUGGAUCGCUACAAUUUGGACGAGGUCAUCACCCAGUCGCAGCUCCGCUCGAAGAUUGCCGCGCAGUUCCGCAAGCAUGCGGCUGUCACUAACCCUAAGAUUGUGGACAUGCUCGUCUUCAAGGGCAAGGAAGAGCUACAAUACUGUUUAGAUCAUGCAAAACAGCGACAUCAUCUUAUCAGCACUUACGUCGUUGGAUCCGAGGGCCAAGUAGCUCUGAAGAAGCUGGGUACUGUUGAUCACGGAGAGUCAAAGUUUCUCAAGAAUUUCUACCAAAGCAACUUGUUUUAAGAUUCUGAAGCAGCAAGAACACACUUUGGUGGGUUGUUUAUAUACCCUUGUACGUUCUCAUCUGUCUGGAAGCGGUAGUAUCUUCACUGGUUGAAACUGACCUUCUGGACCAAGAUAUGUCGAAUUUCAUCUUGAAUGGGCGACAACAAUAAGUGCGAAGUGUUGGAAGCGAAGCUGCAUCCAUCCUUUUACUGAGAAGUAGGUGCGCCGUCUAUAGGAGUUGCCAGAAAUUACAAAUCGCAGAGUAGGUAAAUAACUCGUCUUUUUUUUCUCCUUGUGUGACUGGAUCAUCAUAGUAUCCAAAGAGAGACUGUCACAGGUCGGAGAAUACUGGCGCAGCUGAGCUGGGCAGAUUCUCAUGAGAAACCGGGUAGUCUUCGGCACUUGUGACGAUUAGAGUAGUCAUUGAUUCAUCCUCUUCAUAUUACAGCCGGGUUUUCACUCUGCAUCUUUCAUACCAAUCGAGAGUAACACCUUUUACUGACAUCUUGUCUCACCUGUCACCGUUCCUUCUUCUUCCCUGUCAGUUUGUGGGCAUCAAUUGUCCGGAGGAGAUCUGGAGAGAGGGAGUGGUCCACAGACUAGAACUGGUCCAAAGCUGUGGCUGUUGAUUGAAAAUUUUGUCAAUUCUGCUCAGAUAUGACCCUGCGCUAUGUACGAUUGCCUGACGCUCGUGUACGUGACAUAUUUCCAGAAAGUUCAUGGGAAGAUCACUUACAAUCUCUGAGCUCAUAUCGCAGCAGAUGGUGAUAUUUCUUUCCAACACUGAUCCAAUGAAGUAUGUGUGCGAGCAAUGUCCAUGUUCGUAGCGUCACGCAGAUGGUUUGUUGGGAACAUCGGGGAACAUAUUGAGAAUAAAGCGGCGGAGACCUCACUUGCCAAAAUUUAGU